AUGGCAGAAAAGAAGAAAACAUUAAAGACCUCAUAUCAGUACUGGAUCAACAAGGAGAUGCAACAUCUCAUCCUGAUUCAGUUUCAAACUGCUAUACCCCAAGGCAAAACCUUGGACCAAUUUCUGCUGAGCAAUGCUGCCCGCCAUCAAUCCCUCGUCAAAGCAUUCAACCCCCCACGGCCCAAGACAACCGACCAAAAUGACACUGUGACCAGCUCCAGUAUCACUGUGGCUGCUCGCAUUCGGCCUCUUCUGCACGACGAGGGAUCGUCGGGACAGGUUGUCGCGACAUUCCCGCGCCAUGGCGAGAGGGAGCGGUGGAUCUCCAUGAGCUGCGGAGGGUGGUGUGCCCCCUCCCCUCCGCCAUUGAAUUCCUCUUGCUUCAGAGUGAACAAGGUCUUCGGCGCGGAUCGCUCUACCGAAACCAUCUAUGAAGAUCUCAUCCAGCCUCUUCUUCCUUUGGUAUGGGAAGGGCGCGUUGGUACACUCUUUGCCUAUGGCUAG